AUGCCACAGGGUAGGCUGGAUGUACCUCUCACAAUCAAGGGAGUGGAAAUCAAGCCUAUGGACUCGAUUAAAUAUCCCGGGUUCUAUCUGGAUACCCACCUCACCGGGGAAGUGCACGUACAGGAGGAGAUGAGAGAGAAGGCCGCAAAACUGGUGGCAGGGCUAUCUUCAAUUGCAGGAUCAACAUGGGGAACGUCUCUGGUUCAUCUAAGGAAGAUAUACAUGGCUGUCCUCCAACCACAGAUUAUAGGCUUCGCUGGUGCGCAACGGGCUGCAGAGCAAGCCAUCCGAUCGAUCCAGGAUCAGGCUCUCCACCGGAUAUCUGGCGCUUUUAAACGUACGUCACGACAGGCCCUAGAGAUCUGCCUCCAUGUGCCACCUGCAGAGCUCACGCUCGCAAAGCUGGCAGAGGAGGCAUGCCUGUGGAUCAUGACCUCACCGCUUCGAUCUACACCUUACCACGUACGUGGCCAAGCCCACCGUAACGACCCAUACACGUCGCCACUUCAUCGACUGGAAACAGUCAUCAACCGCAAACUUGGACGUGAUACUACUCAACGUAUUGAGACAAUCUACCCCUUUGUAGUGCCACCAUGGUGGGAGCCACCAGAAGCAAGGAUUGACAACACCCGUGAGGAGGCUAUUAUGAACGUCAACGAAGAGGUUGUUGCAGCUGCACGAGGGAUUACGACGGGCUUGGAGUUCGGUGUUGAUCCAACUACAAACAGGUAA